GGCUCGCAGAUUCCAACCGACCUAUCCACAUCAGAACCAUCCUCAUAGAAUUGAUGCUCUAAAAUCAAGUGAAAAAGGUUAUCCUAUGGGGUUGCUCCUACCUUUUUUUGCUUGAUAAGUUGAAGGAUCCCUUUAAAAUCUGAAUUGUCCCACUCCCAAGCUUAAUAUAAAGGCCCAUGCUCCCCUACCUUAAAUUUAACAUCAAUUUCUUUUAGGGACAUGAAGAGAUGACCUCCACACAUUGGAUAUAGAAAGUUUGAAACCUUGAAACUUGAGACAUUUACAAACCAGAACACAGGUUUCCUUUGCUUAUGAAUAGUAUUGCCUCCAUUUUAACUUCAGCCUUACAUGCCUAGGGACAUUGCUUCAUGAUUUUUAGUAGCUUUUCUCCAAAACCUAUUAGAAUAUUGUCUAUUUUCUUAUUCAUACUUGUUCGUUUAUACUUGCGUGAUUUUGAAUGAUCUGGGUCUGAGCCAUCAACAUUAUGAUUCUUUAUGCAAUUGUUAAUCAGGUAGCACUUUGGAGAUGAUGAUGUGUUUGGUAAUAUUCCCGUUUCUUAAAUCAAUUGUUUUUCCGAAACUCCGAGCCAACCAAAUACAAAAUUCUGUAAUAGCUAAAUUCUGUGUGCGUUGAAGUUCAAUUCAGUGGCUGAUGAUAUGGCAUAUUCAUAUCUAAAUGUAAUUUUACAGAUUUUUAUGCAUAGGGGGUUUUCGGGUGCUUCGAAAAUGAUUUUUUCAUAUAACAAAAUCUUGUGGGUUAUUGAAAUUGAGUUUGCCGGAUUUUUGUUUUUAAUUAAAGGAAAAGCUAGUAAAAAUAUAUUUGAAUAAAUGUUUUACCGAAGUUUUCUUUUGAUUUUUUUAGUACCAUAAAUGUGGAGGUGGGAAAUUAAAUUUUUGAUCUCAAAGAAAGUAACCAACCGGUGUCCUUUUGCAUACUUUUUGGAAAAUAACAAAUUCUUUUUGCAACUCCUUGGUCACAACCUCUCCCCACUUCAACUUUCAUACUUGGCUUUUGGUCUUUGGUUAAUAAAUGAACUCAAAUUCUUCAAAAACUUUCAUACUUGGCUUUUGGUCUUUGGUUAAUAAAUGAACUCAAAUUCUUCAAAACUAUAUUUUCUUCAAGUGACCAUGAAUUUGAAGCAACAUUUAUUACUACAUUACAUUUAAUCAAUGAAUUUAAUACCCUCAUCCAUGAAUUAACAACGCAACCAUUCCCUUUUUCUUCCUAACGAGCGUUGAAAACGAUCGCUUCAAACUACUAUCUAAAACCCUAGCGAUCUAGAUCUACUAAAAUUGAUUGGGUAUACAACUUUAUAAAAACGUCAAAAAGUCAAAUUUGUCCUUCAAACUCAUCUCCCUUUUCAUUUGCCCAAAAUGUGGCUUCCCCCAUCAUUUUUGACCAAUUGAUGUAUAAGUCAUGCAUAGAAUGGAACAUGGCACAUGACAUUGAUGUUGUAGUUCAUUCACAUACAUACAUUACAUAUAUACAACCAUUUAACUGUGGAAGUUAGGUAAAUAUUUAUAGGCUUGUGAGAUUACAUGAAAAAAAACAAACAGUUACUCUCAUAAGGGUUGCCCUCCCUAUAUAUAAUCCUCCAUCCAUCCCCACAUAUCAGUGGCUUCCUAUACUACUCUCUCUCUCUCUCAUAUAAGGAAAACUAGAAACUAGAGAGAGAGAUAAUGGGUACAGAGAGAUUAAGCUCUUCUCAGGAUGAAGAUGAAGUGAGAAAGGGGCCAUGGACAACAGAAGAGGAUUUGAUUCUGAUGAAUUACAUUGCCAUCCAUGGUGAAGGUGUAUGGAAUUCACUUGCCAAAGCUGCUGGUCUCAAACGUACUGGGAAGAGUUGUCGCCUCCGGUGGCUGAACUAUCUCCGUCCUGAUGUUCGGAGGGGGAAUAUAACUGCUGAAGAACAGCUCUUGAUCAUGGACUUGCAUUCCAAAUGGGGUAACAGGUGGUCAAAAAUUGCAAGACAUCUACCUGGAAGAACAGAUAACGAGAUAAAGAACUACUGGAGGACGAGGAUACAGAAACAUAUCAAGCAGCAGGAGGUCAAGAGUGUUGGUGAGCAGAUGAUGUCAGUCGGCAGUUGUUCAGACACAAACGAUGACCGCACCAUCAGCCCGAGCAGCCAAGUUUCGAGCUUUGGUAACGUUGCAGAACUGAUGGAUAUCGGCCAUGGCUACUUCCCAUCAUGUCAAGGAGAUAUGGAGGGCAUGGCUUAUCAGCAGACAACUUGGCCUCGUGGGGACGGCGAGAAUGACAACUACUGGAGCAUGGAGGAUCUUUGGUCCAUGCAAUUACUUAAUUGAAAUGUUUCAAGGAUGAAACUAGUGUUGUGUUUAUGUACAGUUGAACCAUAAAUAAACAUUUACUUUUGUAUAAUCUUGUAAUGGGAUAAAAACUCAGGUACUAAAACGAGCACCGUGGAAACACGACCCUAAACUAAACCCUUUGAGUUCAUAGCAUUAGUAUCGAAKUUCUAAGUCCAA